GUGUGAGUGGAUCAGAGUACGUCUCCAAAUGCGUCCUCGUCGUGGAGGCGGCGAUGUGCGUGGCCGUCAUGGUCGCCGUCACACGGCUCCUCCUCCCCACUCGUCGGCUCCACCACACGGCACACCUCUACCUGCGCCCCCGCAUUCGCCAACUCAGUCAGCCACCACCUGCACAGACCAGACACCACGCGCACCGCACCCACACAUUUCGUGGGGGAAUAAUCGAUGCGCCCGUGCGUUGCGUCCCCAUAUAUCCACUCACUCCUUACCUACCUCUGUUUCUCCGAGAGGCGAUCCCGCGGUCCCUUGACCUCCACAAACAUGGCCUCGCCACACUCACCCUCAUCACCCACACCCACACCCACACCGCCCUUGCCGUCCUUCUCAGUGUCACUUGAGAGGUCGAUCGGGCAGUCGGCCGUGGAGAGGGGGAGGCAGGGGAGGGGGGGUGCAGGUGGAGGUGAGGGGUCGGGUGCGGGGCGCUUCUUGCUUUUCCUCUGCUUCUUGUACUGGCGGGGAGGGCUGGCGUGGAUAGCAGGGGGAGCCAAUGGGUCGUAAGGGGGCUUCCUGCAGAGGUGGGCCACCAACAGACAGACAUCCACAUAAGAAAGAGCUUAUACAGUGUGUCGUCAGGCGUGUCUGUGUGUUGGGGUGUGGUGUGUCUCCCUCCCUCCCUCCCUCCCUCCCGGCCUCACGCACUGACUCACUGAGUCACUUACAUGCGCCAGAGGAGGAGGUCGGGCAUGCCGCCGGCCCAGUAAGAGUAGUCCUCAGAGAGCAGCUGGAAGCACACGCUGAGGACACGCCCCCCGAUGCAGCUGGCCAGCCACCCCAUGUACCGCCCGUACUCGUCACGCCGACGGUCCCUCUCCGCCAACGCCUCCUCCCUCCUCACCUCUCGCCCAUCCUCCUCACUCUUGGCCAAUGGGGACUGCUCCUCGCUGUCACCAUCACCAUCAGCCUCAGCAUCGGAGGCACGCUCGAUGUCCAUCUGGUCGCUGUCCUUGUUGUCGGCCUGUGGCUGUGUGGGAAGAGGGAGAGGGGGGAGCGCUGGCUGUGAAGGGGAGGGAGAGGGUGAGAGGGGGCGAGAGGGGCCUGGCCUCGGCUGUUUCUGUCUCUGCUGCUUCUGCUGCUGCUGCUGCUGCUGCUGCUGUUGGAGUGCCUUGUCUUUGCGCUGUCGUGGUGUGGUCCAUGUGACGCCCCGUAUCCGCAGGCCGUAGAGGCGGUCGACAGAUGUGGCCGUCAGGAUGCGCAUCUCGUCGGGAGUGGCCUGCACGAACCCCUGCAUACCAUACAACCAGGGGAUGUCUGUCUGAGUCCCCCCAUGCCACCCCUGUCAAGUCCCGUCCACCCACUCACUCACCCUCAGUCGGUUGUCGAUUUUGGUCUUGCGGCAGGCGUAGAAGCACUCAGUGCCCAGAUCCAACGGCGCAUCCUGCACACACACGUGUCCUGUGCACUGCGUGCCUCUGUGUUGCCUGUGUUGCUGUGUCUGGCUCCCGUAUACCUGGUAAGGCGUCUGCAGGACGUCCCCGACGGCCUCAUCGAAUAGGACGUCGUACAUGAGGAUGCCGAAGAGCUCCCGCACCUCGCGCCCCUCCGUGUGUACGCCCGUCCACCCACCCUGCAUGCGGUAGUGCUGCAGGAUGAGCCCCUCCACACCCACACACUUGUCGUUGAACCCCACAAACACGCUGUGCUGCCCUGUGUGUGUGAGCAGAGCACACACAAGAGGGAGAGGAGAGCAGGUGUGGUGUGGUGUGAUGUGAUUGGAUCGAUCCCCUCCUGCGUGCGGUGCGCGUGCCUGCCGCCUUGGAGUCGUCGAGUGGUCUGCCCAGCACCUUGCUCUCGCGGAUGUUGCUGAGCAGCUGAAACUCCGACGCCUCAGUGACGGUCUUGCGCAGGUCGGAGGGGAUCUCACGGCUCCACACAGCCUUCUUGGACGCUGCAGUGCACUCGCACCAACCAAAGUGAAAUCUAUCCAUCCAUUGCAAUGCAUGUGGGUGGGUAGACAGACAGUCUGCUGUGCGUGUGCAGUGCACGCACGUACUGGCUCUGGCGAUUGCGGUAGCGAUGCGUCUGGUCCGUUUGCCGAGCUCAAUGCGGUCGCCACGUGGGACGGCAGCGCCCUCCCUAAGGCCCUGGAUGCAGUACUGCAGAGCCUCCUCAGACCGACUUAAGUUGCGAUGCAGGUUGAUGGUCAGCCUGACGCACACACACACACACAUACAUACAAGACACACACACAGAGAAAGAGAGAGAGAGAGAGUAGCUAGCCCUGAUGCAGUGCAGACCGACGAGCGUGACGUACCUACGUACCUGUUGUACCACUUGCCGCGUCUGUGCACGGACAGCUGGGAGUGGAGCAGCAGGCGCAGGCGGGCGACGGCCUCCUCGUACUGCUUGCGCUUCUCCAGUAUCUGCACCGAGUGCCACGCCACACCCGCAUGCACCCACUCCUGCACAGCACAUCACACCACAUCACACACAUGUUAUGACACACACGUGUGUGGGUGCCUGCGUGUGUGUGUAUAGCAGCAGCCGUGUGGCCUCACCGCCGUAAACCGUCGGAGGAAGACGUGUCGGUAUUUGGCGCUGUCGGCGUCGUCGCCGCUGCUGCUGCUGCCCUGCUGUGGGUGGUGGUGUUGGGCCGACGAAGAAGCGGCACAUGCUGCUGCACUGGUGGAUGGCUGUGCAGCAGCAGCAGCAGCAGCAGGCGCCACCGCCGCGGAUGCCAUGCGCUGCACAUGCUGCGCCACAUGGUCGUGGGCUUGCUGGCCAAGCUCCAAUGCCUUGGCCUCGUCACGCGUCUGAGCACGGCAACGUACACAUGGCUAAGUUGGCCGGGCCGGCCGUCGACGUUUUGGCUGCCCGCCCACAUCUCAUCUCUAUCUACCUUACUUACAUGCAUGAGUGCGAUCUCCAUCUCGGCCUCAUUCUCUUUAGCCUUCUCGUAAUCCUCCAACUGACUACGGCCUGACGCACUCACACACACACACACAGAGGAUAGAUCAACGCGCACACCAUACACACCCCCUGCCCCAUUACAUUCUCGCUCACUGGUGAAGACAGGCAGUGAAGCGUUGCACUGGUAGGGCGGGAACCUUUUGCGGCCGAUAGAGGCCAGCGUGGGCGGCGGUGCGGGCCCGCCCUUGAGGAACCCUCCACUCCACGCCAGCCGCUGGCCCUCGGUGCCGUUCUGGCCGGCGUACGCACCGAUGGCUCCUGGAGUGGCCAGACCAGCCCACACACCCUCCGCCAAAUGAAACAAAAAGUGGACGCGACGGAACAUGCGACGCACCUAACCCGCCCCGCCCCGCCCCGCCCACAGGCAUACACACGGGUGGGGUGGCGUGGCGUGGCCUGGUGUGGUGUGGUGUCAGUCAGUCGGCCGAAUGAAUGAAUGUUGGGUAGGGUAGGGUAGGAUGCCCACCUACCUCAGGUGGUAUGGCGAUGAGGGGUCCCGCGACGGUCCGGACUGCCUUGAGCAGCUCAUCCGACACACGACGGCCAGACAGUAGCCGCCACGCUGAAAUUCAACACAUACAUACAUACACCACGCCCACAGAGGUGGGAGUCCUUGGUGGGCGGUGCAGGAUGCUGGCUCAGCUCACUGUUUGGUGCGGCGGCUUUCUUGAGCGCCUCUACAAGUGCGCCUUUGGUCUUGUGCUGUCGGAAGGAUGAGGGGUCGGGCAGGCUGGCGCGGCCCACCACCGUCCUCAGCUCCUCCGCUGACAACACCCACAGCCCUGACAUACAUACCAACGACAGAGAACACAACACAACACACUGUCCCAUAAUCAAACCUUCCGCCUCACUCACCCCUUGCCGACACACCGACUGACCUUCCAUAGGCGACAGCUCCGACCGGUCCAUCGCCUCCUCAAAUCUCACCAUGAGCACCCCCCCGCCAUGCUCCCGACACUCGAUGCCGCCACACAGCUCCUCAACCGCCCUUGCCACCGACUCAAUGUCCUGAUACCUGGGCCCCAGUGACGCCACGCGGAACCACGGCCCGACGCGAUUGGAGAGCCGCACGAACAGCCGCUGGGCGUCGGCCGACAGCUCCCCGAAUCUGGUGAGGAUCACCAUCUCGUGUGGCAGGAAGAGCUGGUGGUGUCGGCGGAGGGCGACGGCGAUGGCGAGUCGGAAGAUGGCGACGUAGUAGGGGAGGGAGGCGAAGGAGGCCAUCGUCGGCGGCUCAGAGGGAGGGGAGAAGGAGAAGGGCGGGUGGGGGUGGGGUGCUGCCACGGGAGGGGAGGGGCCAUCCAUCACAACGUCACCAUUUCCAUUGCCAUCGCCGUCUUGGGCACUCUCGCGGCCUCCCAUGUCGGCAGGGUGGGAGGAGUCCACCCGUCGCCGCUUGCAGUGGUCCUCAUCACCGCCCAUUGCAGCAGCAGCACCAACUGCUCCCCCUACCUCCUCCUCUGCUUGCUUCCGCUUCCCCUGACCACCACCCUCUGCAAUGGCCGCCGAUGCUUCUGCUGCUGCUUCUGCUGCUGCUUCUGCUGCUGCUUCUGCUGCUGCUGCUGCCAGCUCCUCGCCACGUGGAUCUGCAUCAUGAUCACUGUUGCGUCUGUCAGAGUGCUGGUGUGCUUGUGCUGCCGGCUGCUGCUGGUCUUCGUCUUCGAUGGUCAGAUCAAUGACGCCGUUGUGGGAUCGAGCUGCACCAGGUGGUGGUCUGGAUGCUGGGCUGAAGAAGUGGGUGAUCUUGGCACGCGCCAUGACGGUACCCGCGCAGCCUCACCAGACACCAGACCAAACAGUACUGCUACAUCCAAGGAAUGAUGAAAAUGUUCAUCCGAGAAGGCAGUUGUGGCUGCAGCUCCAGUAAGCUCCUCCUGUUUCCGGUCGCCGUCAGCUUCGCGACGCUUUCCU